AGGCGGCGAACGGCCCCGCGCGCUCCACACAACACAAGCCGAAGAGGCGGCGGAGCGGAGCAGCGAGCGAGGCGGCCGAAAUAUCUUCUCCAUCCGAAGAAAAAGAAAGCCUCGGUGGUCGCGGCUGCCGCCGGCGAGCGAGAGUCACGAGCACGGGAAGAUGGCUUGCUGCCGGGCCCUCGCGCUCCACCUCCUCCCCGCGUCCGCUCCCUACCGCCGCGCUCCCCGCGCCCGGGUUGGCGCCCACCGGCCCCGCCCUUCUCCCGUCCGGUGCUGCGCCGCCGCGGGCGACCAGGCGGAGCCGCCGCAGGACGCCGUACUCAAGGCCAUCUCUCAGAUAGCUAGCUCUACUGGAAGAGUUGCACAAACAACAAAUGUUGUCAUGGGUGGUACUGUAACAGAUGACGCAACAGAUGAAUGGCUUGUUCUUGAUAAAAAGGUAAAUACUUAUCCUACAGUUAGAGGGUUUACAGCAAUUGGUACAGGAGGUGAUGAUUUUGUCCAGUCAAUGGUUGUUGCUGUUGAAUCAGUUAUUGAAGAAAGUAUUCCUAAGGGUCAAAUAUCCCAAAAAGUGUCUGCAAAGGGUAAAUAUGUGUCUGUCAAGAUUGGACCUAUCCGUGUGGUUUCCAGCGAGCAGGUCCAAGCGGUGUACAAUGCCAUGAAGAAAGAUGUGCGCAUGAAAUUCUUUUUGUGAAUGACAAAUAGGUUGGAGUGCUGUACGUCGAACAGGUGAAUGGCGAAGAUACCCUUGCUCCGCAUGAGUAAAAGCUUGCAAAGCAGAGUUGCUUGCGUUGCUUGCUGCAUCAUCCUCUCGUUGGCGAGGACCAAUGCGACAUGCCAGUCAGGGAAGGGGUUGAUUGGUGGUCAGAUCUAUGUACGGGAGUUAGUUCCAUCGAUGUAGCUGGAGAUUAGUUUUGGAGACGUUUCAAUGUUCAAAGCAUCAUUAUUGUGUUGUAAUUAACGGUGGAUAUAGAAACAAGUAUAGAAUGGAAUGGGCAAUGUAUACGUCCCCGUUCGGAA